AUGGAACACUCGCCUUCUCAGUUUUAUCUCGUUACGGCGGGGGGAGUACUGCUCUUGACGGCACUUGCAUACCGUUUCUUCCGUAGUUCGACGCUGAAGGAUAUCCGCGGCCCUCCACGCUCGUCCUUCCUACUGGGUAACAUGGGCGACAUUCGGUAUCAGGCUGAAGUUGGAGACGUCGAGUUCGGGUGGUUGCGCGAGUUCGGUGGCGCAUGGAAGAUCCAUGCUCCUCUCGGCGAGGAGCGUCUUAUGCUUGCCGAUCCCAAAGCACUGCAGUACGUCCUGCAAACGUCCGGCUACCGCUUCCCACAGCGCCCCGAGAUCCGCGCGGACGUGCGCAUGGUGCUCGGCGACGGCGUAGCUUGGGCUCACGGAGAGCAACAUCAGCGGCAAAAGAAGGUCAUGAACCCCGCGUUUUCGGUGCCACAACUCAAGUCGUUUCUCCCCCACUUCUUGCGCUACGCAAACAAGCUGGUGCAGAAGAUAAAGGAACAAGAACUCGGCAAUAAUCAGGAAGCCGCUUUCAAUAUUCACACGUGGCUGUCGCGCACGACCCUCGACGCUAUCGCCGACGUGGGCUUUGGACUGCAAUUCGGCGUGCUUGAUGGGUCCUCCAAUGAGCUGACCCACGUCUACGAGAACCUGUUCGUUGACACAACGCUCUAUCCAAGCGCAUGGGACCUCGCAUUCCGUGCUCUAUGGAAGUUCUUCCCGCCUGGCGUCCUCUGGUACCUCCGCUACCUGCCGGGCCGUGGUUUCCGCCGCUUCCGCCACUAUCAGGACUUCGUGCGCGACUACGGGCGCAAGCUCAUUGCACGCACGCAAGUGGACAAGGCGGGGACGAGCAAAGACGCUAUGAGCGUGCUCAUGCGCGCGAAUGAGGCGGAGAAUCCUAGGCUCAAGUUGACCGAGAUUGAAGUUGUGGAUCAGAUUUCUACUAUACUAUUAGCAGGCCAUGACACGACGGCGAGCUCCCUGACUUGGUGGUUCUACGAGCUAUCUCGCCACCCCGACUGGCAGAUCCGCGUCCGCGACGAGAUCCGCGUCGGGCGCCGCAGAGUCAUCGAGCGCGGCGACGAGGAGUUCACCAUGACCGACCUCGAGGAUAUGUCGGUCAUGCAAGCCACACUCAAGGAGGCGAUGCGGUUGCACCCUAUCAUCUGGCAAGCGGGACGACUCGCUGGACAAGACGAUGUCAUUCCACUUGCCUCGCCCAUUACGACGAAGUCAGGCCAGGAGAUCACGUCUAUCCCGAUACGGAAAGGCCAGGCCAUCGAUAUCCAUAUCGCUGCUUAUAAUCGGAACCCCGACGUUUGGGGCGCGGACGCCAACGAAUGGAACCCUGAGCGGUUCAUGAACGCUACCAAGGCUGGCACGACAUCCGUGGGCGUAUACGCGAACCUCUUAAACUUCUCUGCGGGCGUAAAGGCAUGCAUGGGAUGGAGGUUCAGCGUCAUCGAGAUGCAGGCCAUCGCCGCUACGCUCCUUGAGAGCUUCGAGUUCGCCUUGCCUGAGCAGACGGAGGAGAACAUCAUCAGGCGCAAGCCGUCGGGUCUUAUGGCCCCUAUGGCGGAUGGGCAUAUGGGCAUAUGGAUGGGGUUGAAAGUGAAGUAUUGCGGUGCUUCGUGA